UCUGGAGGAAUGGCUUUUAAAAGACAUGCAUAAUUAUGCCCCCAAUUUCGAAGUCUUCGCAAUUUGUCUUGCAGUCGAUGGCGACAAGAGAAAGAUUGAUGAGACGAAGCGGAAGAGGAAGGGGGAGCCAAAAAAAGGCCACGGGGAAAGGGAAAGUGGACGGAACUGGUUUAUAUCUGGCAUUGCUUCACGCACCGGUCUCCACGUGGACGCAGGACAACGGUUUGCUGAGCGCGUUGUCGAGCUGACAACUGUGUCAAGCCUUAAGGUCAGCACUCGUCAGAGGGAGGGUCUGCAGUACUCUGCACCGCAUUCUGUAAUUUGGAGACAGACAGUGGGAUGUGGAAACAGGUAUCGUAACGUGGAAACAGACGGCGAUUAUGUCAGGACGCAAGCUGCAUUUCGCCUUUUCGAGCGCGCAUAAAUUGCAGGUGCAGGUUCGCAGAACGGAAGACGAACGUUCCUCAACCUGCUGAUGGUCUCCCUGAGGUCGGUUCGGGGCGGUGCAUGUUUCAUUGCGAAUGUGAAGACUCGUUGCAGGCCUUCUUACUCGAAGAGUGAAGGCGAGUGUUCUUUCUUGCAAAGGCGAAUAUUCUUUGGUGCGAUCGUGGAUGUCCUUGAUUGUCGUGUCUGUUGGGACAUUCGUCGUCCUUGAUUGUGACAUCUGUUGGGACAUUCGUCGUGAUCGGAAGGAUACAGCCGGAAAAGAAGAAGUUAGCAUAGCGAAUAGCUGUGCAAGGAUGUUCCUGGUCGCGCAGGUGGGUCUUGUUCGUGGCAAAAUCGAAGGGUAACUUUCAUUGAGUGUUUAUAUUGGUUCACUUAAAGU